GAGGUCACUAUAGGCCAGUGGCGGCAAUUAACGGUUGCGUCAGCGUUUGGAAGGGGAUAUAAAGGAGGAUGCCACCGAGAACCGAUACACAGGAAGAGAACCACUUUUACCUCUGAACAGCAGGAAAAGGAUCACACAGCGAAAAUGAAACUCCCCGUUGCCAUCGCAGUGCUGUUUUUGGUACUGGCUGCAAACACAGAGGCCCAGGACGCCCAGGAGCCAACGAUUGAAGAGCGCUUCCAAACAUUCGGGAACCAGAUGAAAGCAUUUGCCGAAGACCUCUCUCAGAAGACUAAGGGCGUCUUUGAAGAUAUCCACAAGAGUGACGCUGCUGUCAAUACCAGGAACUGGUUCACUGAGGCCUUCGGGAAGGUGAAGGAUAAGCUGGCGGAGACCUUUCAGCAGUAAUCGGCCGCUGUCCUCCGUGCGCUACGCUUGCUCUCAAUUUGGCAUCUCCCUUCUUCUGUUACACCCUCUCUCUGAUAAUCCUGCUGUUGCUGAAAGUUCCUGAUAAAAAUUUUUUUUUUUUUUUUUUUUUUUU